UUCACAAAGCAAUAUAAUUAAUAUGAAUAGACUGAUUACUAAAGAGAAAUCUAGGAGUAAUGAAGGGAGAAAGGAGAAGAGCGGAUUGUUUCAAAAUUAUAUCACUAAGAAGGACUUAGAACAAGUGAGUGGGAUAUUAUAACCAUAAUUAAGGACUUUAAAUUUCGACGAACUUACUAACGGAACACUAGAUGAUCAUAUGAGUUGUCAAACAUUUUUGCAUUGCCUGCCAAAUCAAGAUAAUUUGGAUUCUUUGAGUGAUGAUCAUAUGUGUCCAUACAAGAGAAAAUAUAUCAUUGAUCAAUUAAAGAAUGUCAUUAAUUAAGGACAAGGAAUUAAUUUAUCAUUGUUAAGAGCAUUGCAAAAACGAACCGAUUCGUGCGAGAAGAAGAGUGAUGUCAAUGCAUUGACUGACGAUGAAAAUAUCUCGAAUAGAGGAUUAGAACAAAUUAAGACAGUCAUGGAUAAGUAUCAGGAAAGAUAAUAAAAAAUUUAAAGAUAUAAGAAUAAAAGAAGAAAUUGGGAACGAAAAAUAUCUUACUCAGGAAGAUCUUAAGUGGCUGAAUAACGAUUAAGAAUUAAAGGCAGAUUCAUAAGUAAAGAAGAUUAAUAAUCAAUUAAAAAAUUGAUUCAUAACAAGUAAUAGGAAGAUUUUUAUGAUAAAAAACACAACCUGAAUAUUGAGAAAUUUCAUUAGCAUACAAAACUAUUUACAUAUGCAGAGGACCCAAAAAUGAUUCCAAAAAAAUAAAUCUUAAUGGACAUCAGGGAUGAGUAUUAAUUCCAAUAAUAAUAACUAAAGAUACUAAAAUCAAUCAAGUCCAAAACUAAAAUUUUCUAGAUUGUUUAGAAGUAAAAAUCUUGAAAAAUUAUAUUAUAUAAUAAAUUAAUACAUUAUUUUAAUUG